UUGUACCUGAAAAGAAGGAAGAAUUCACUUACAACAAACCGGCCUUCUUCGCAGACAGAGCAGAAGCAAGAGUUCGCCUUCAACAAACCAUUCUACACACCGCAGUUCAACGCAAACGCACCUGGAAAUGACAAGCCAUCUUUCUCAUUCCAGUCUUCAUUCGGAAAGGAACAACAAGAACAGAAACCAUUCGGAGGUUUCGGUUCUUCUUCAAAUUAUAGCUAUGGAAACUCUGGUUUCAGAUCGAACUCAAACUUCGGAUCUAACUCUGGCUUCAACUCAGGUUUCGGAUCGAAUUCCACAUUCGGAUCUAACUCUGGUUUCAGUUCUGGAUUUGGAAGCAAUCCAAACUUUGGAGGAAAUACAGGAUUUAGUGGUUAUGGAUCAUCUUCUUACAGUUUCGGUGGAAAUCAGCAGCAGAAUCCUUCUAAACCGGCCCAACAGAAGGAUGAGCAGAAGCAGGAUUCCCCGCAAACAUCAAAUAAGGAUUUAGAUGAUAUUGGUGAUGAACUUGGUCUCUACUAA